GUGAUGGUGUCAUGCAACGAGUGUGACUGACACGUGGGGGCUAGCUCUGGGAUCGGAGCAGGCACUUACAUUGUGAUUGUGGACUGUCUACUGGGGUUCCCCACGGGUUCAGAAUGCCCCUUCCAACCACUCCACUACGGAGCACAUAACCCCGCGUCACUCGGGGACGCUCCUAGAAUCGGACACGCAUACAGGGGUCAACGUCCCCAGCUGCCCGCCCACGCAAGAGCCUGCCUUGCUGUUCAAAACUUCGUCAGCGGGAUUCUGCAAGCCUGCUAUUUAGAUUCAUUGAAGGAUACCCCUCCGGGAAAACGACCCUAGCACUGCUGCUACGGACAUGGCCAUUGCUUAGACAGUCUACCUCAAAUCAGCCACCUAUUCAUCAAAAUGCGAGAACGAGUGCAUCUUACCCGAGGCUGGCAGUACAAGGAAGAAGGAAGAGAGACUUGGCAGCCUGCAUGCAAAGUACCUGGCUCCAUACACACCGAUCUCCUCCAUAACGGCCAGAUUACGGACCCAUUCGUCGAUCUCAACGAGCUGGCCGUCCGCUGGGUCGCCGAACGCGACUGGUGGUACCGAACAACCUUCUCGCCAGACGAGCUCUGCCCGAGAGACGGCCCUGGUGCGAGCCAAGGCCGCGUGGAACUAGUAUUUGAGGGCCUAGAUACCUUUGCCACGGUCUACCUCAACAAUGACAAAGUCCUUGUGACGGAUAACAUGUUCACAAGCCACCGAGUCGAUGUUACGAAUCUCCUCAGAGACUGUGCGGGCGACGUCGAACUUAAGAUAUUGUUCGAGUCCGCCUUGGUACGCGGGCGUCAAUUAGUAAAGGACCACCCGGAACACAACUUCCUCGUCAGGCAGACGGAAGCUGCUCGUCUGCCAAUCAGAAAGGCGCAGUAUCAUUUUGGAUGGGACUGGGGCCCGAUACUUACGACUGCUGGCAUCUGGCGACCAGUAUAUCUGGAUUACUACACCGCAAGACUCGAUGACGUCUCCUGCCGGUACGACCUGGACGAGGGGCUGCAAAAGGUAUCCGGAAAGGUCUGCUUCAUUGUGGCGGCUGCGUCUACGGUGUUUUCCGAGAACCUGCAAGUUCGUUCAGUUCUAUAUGGACCAGGGGGCGAGAACCCGGUGUUCCAGAAAGACGUGCGCAUCUCUCGAGAGCAAGGUAGCGAGACGGCACAGGGUGUUGAAGGCCAUAUCACAUUCGAACUGGACAAUCCGCAAUUGUGGUUUCCGAACACUUAUGGGAGGCCGGACCAAUAUACACUCAAAGUGACGCUCUUCUCUAACGGCGAAAUGGUGGAUUUACAGACAAAGCAUAUAGGGUUCCGCCGCUGCGAGCUCAUACAAGAACCCUGUCAGUCCGGCGUUGGCUCCUCAUUCUACUUCCGGGUCAACGAUAUCGACAUAUUUGCAGGCGGCUCCUGCUGGAUACCAGCAGACAACUUUCUCCCGCGAAUUUCACCACAGCGAUACCGGGAUUGGGUCCAUUUGAUGGUUCAAGGCAAUCAGACCAUGGUCAGAAUAUGGGGCGGGGGCAUAUACGAAGAUGAUUCAUUCUUCGAUGCUUGUGACGAGCUGGGCCUCCUGGUCUGGCACGAUUUCCAGUUCGCAUGUGGCAAUUACCCCACACACGACUCCUUCCUAAGCAGCGUUGAUGCUGAGGCGCGAUGCAACCUACGUCGGUUGCGAGAUCACCCGUCGCUUGUCAUAUGGGCUGGGAACAAUGAGGACUACGAAACAGUGCAAGAACGGUACAAGCUCGAUUAUAAUCCAGAUGAUAAGGACCCUCAGUCAUGGCUGAAAUCGACGUUUCCAGCUCGGUACAUCUACGAAAGCCUGCUACCAAAGGCCGUGGAGGAGGAACAUCCUGGCAUGAUAUAUCUGCCAAGCAGCCCUUGGAGUGGGAAUGGGGAGUCCGUCAAGGACAGGACGGUCGGCGAUGCUCACGAGUGGAAUCUCUGGCACGGGUCCAUGGUCAAGAUUCAAGACAUUGAUCAGAUAGGUGGCAAGUUUGUUUCUGAGUUUGGCAUGCAAAGCUACCCCCACAUGGAAACAUUGCGACGCGCGAUAUCCCAACCUAAGGAGCUUGUUGUUGGCUCCAGAGUUAUGGAGUUCCAUAACAAGGCUAUUGGGCAUUCAUGGCGGAUGGCGCGGUACUUGCACGAAAACUUCAGGCUUCCAGACUCCAAUGACUUAGCGGCAUUUGCGCACCUGACUCAAAUCAUGCAGGCCGAGGCCAUGCGCUCGGCAUACAAGUCAUGGCGGAGGAAGUGGAACGAGGCGAGAGAGUGCGGUGGCAUCCUCGUUUGGCAACUCAAUGACUGCUGGCCAGGUGUUUCCUGGGCUGUCGUGGAUUACCACCUUGUCAAGAAGCCAGCAUACUAUGCCAUCUCUCGGGCACUACGAUCGUUGGAUAUAUCUAUUUCCAGAUCAUACAAUGACUGGACGCAUACCACCAUCAAUCCUACGUUGGACGUUGGGCACAUUGAUCCCACCGCGGACAGAUUCGAUGGUGGAAAGAUGGAUGUCUGGAUCUCGAGCUGCAAGACCGUGAAUGUCAACGCAGAAGUGGACAUCCGUCUGAUAUCUAUUCGCACAGGCAAAGAUUGCAGUGGGAGUCCAACACAGACUUCUGCCUGGAUUCAUCUAGUCCAACGCAACACUGUCACUGACUGCGGCACCCAUCGGCUACCGGUGACAAAAUCGCCGCCUGAAGUCGACGAAUGCGACCCAUAUGUGGUUCUGGCUACCCUCCGAGUAGACGGUCAGAUAUUGGCAGACGACAUAGCCUGGCCGCAGCCGAUCAAGUACUUGGACCUCUCGGACCGGCGAGUGUCGGUAACAUUCGACGGUACCAAAGUGGUGGUGUCUGCGGAGAAUCCGGUCAAAGGGUUCGUCUUUGAUGAGGUCGAGGGCAUGAGCCUGAGCGACAACGGCUUCGAUGUAGUGCCGGGAUUGGACAGAAUAGUUAGCGUGAGCGUUAACACCCCAGCCUCUGUCUCGCGACUGGGGUACAGAUAUUGGACAGUGUAUUCAAGACAUUUGAGUGCAACAAGCCGACCUCGAGGCCUGUGGGACUUUGUCAUCGUUCCAGGAUGA